CUAUCAGAGGGAGGAGAGCUGAGGGCGAGCAGAAACCUAUACGAAAUUCAAUCGAAGAAGAAGAAGGAUGAGCUGCGGCGGCGGAAGGAAGGGGCCGCCGAAGCACCAGAACAGUUUCGCGUGGAAGCCUAACGCCGGGAAGAAGAUCAACGAAUCGGAACUAGGAGGGAGGUUCAAGCCUUACUCAGAGAUUACCGGCGUUUGCGCGCGCUGCAAGGGCCAGAUUGACUGGAAGCGCAAGUAUGGCAAGUACAAGCCCCUUACUGAGCCUGCCAAAUGCCAGAAGUGUUCAAAAAGGAAUGUUCGCCAAGCUUACCACAACAUCUGCAAUGCUUGUGCGAAGGAGCAUAACGUAUGCGCCAAGUGUUCCUGUCAAGUUAGCCAUAUCAUUGGAAGAGAUUUAUCAGAAGUAGAGGCUGAGAAGAAGAUCCUUGAAGAGGCAAUAAAAAAUGCUCGUGAGCGGGAUAGGAGGAGCCUACUACGAUCUAUGAACAAAGGAAAAUCUUUAAGUUCAGGAAAAUCCACGUGUCAAAAUGACAAGGUGGGCGAGCUAGUCCCAGAAUCACCAACUGAGCAAUGUGAUGGCUAUACUCAUGAUCAUAAUGAUGCAAUGAUCUCAAAACAAAAGGAUGAGAAACAUGGCUAUGAAGAGGAGGAGGAUGACAGCGAUGAUCACGAGGAGGGGACAUUGGAUAAUGCCCACAGUGAUUCUUAUGCUGAAGAGGAAGAGGAAGAGACUGGUAGAGUAGAUGAAUGAUCCCAUUAUCCCAUUAUCAGUUGAAAUGCAUCUUCACAGAAUCUUAUUGAUCUCAAGCAGUUCAAAUCCCUCAAGAAGAUUUUGAGUAUGUCUUAUACCUCUUUGAUUACUUAAAGUUGAUUUAUAUGAACAAGAACCUUUACAAUUUGCUUUGUUAUGCCAUUUUGCAGCAUAGAAGUGUUUGCUCUAGUCUUUUUUUAGAUAAAUACCUCUAACCGUC